GCCAAGAACCCAGCCGCGAAGCCAAGCCCAUCUGAUCCGGCCCCUGCUGCCCUGCCCCAGCUCGUCUCUCAGGUCGCCUUGCCGUUGCCGGUUCCGCGCCCGGGCCCGGCUCAGAGUCGCGAGCUCGUCUCGCAGAUCCGGCUUCGCUUGCUUGAAUUCUGUUCUUUGGGAGCAAAGAGGUGCUGGCCGGUGGCGUGGCUUGGUGCUCUGGGGCCGGCGAGUUUUUUUUUUUGCGUCCGCUCGCUCUGCCUGUAGUCUUCUUGCUGCGGCGGCGGGGUGGAGAUGGGGGUGGCGGGGGAGAAGUUCCAGCUGGGGACGGUGGGGGCACUCAGCCUCUCGGUGGUGUCCUCCGUCUCCAUCGUCAUCUGCAACAAGGCUCUCAUGAGCUCCCUUGGCUUCAACUUCGCCACUACUUUGACAAGCUGGCAUCUCCUGGUUACAUUCUGUUCUCUCCAUGUGGCAUUAUGUAUGAAGCUGUUUGAGCACAAACCUUUCGAUGCAAGGACUGUCAUGGGAUUCGGAGUGCUCAAUGGCAUAUCUAUUGGACUUCUUAACUUGAGUCUGGGUUUCAAUUCUGUUGGUUUCUAUCAGAUGACAAAGCUGGCCAUAAUUCCCUGUACUGUUAUACUGGAGACCCUUUUCUUCCGGAAGAAAUUUAGCCGGAAUAUCAAGCUUUCCCUUAGUGUGCUCCUUCUUGGUGUUGGUGUUGCAACUGUAACUGAUCUGCAACUCAACGUUAUGGGAUCUGUACUGUCCCUACUGGCAAUCAUCACAACCUGCAUCGCUCAGAUCAUGACAAAUACAAUACAGAAGAAGUUCAAGGUAUCUUCAACACAGCUCCUGUACCAGUCAUGCCCAUACCAGGCAUUGACGUUGUUCCUUGUCGGUCCAUUCCUCGAUGGAUUUUUGACCAACCAAAAUGUCUUUGCUUUCGACUACACAACUCAAGUUCUGUUUUUCAUCGUGCUGUCGUGCCUGAUUUCAGUCUCGGUGAACUUCAGCACUUUUCUCGUGAUCGGGAAGACGUCUCCUGUAACCUACCAAGUCCUUGGCCAUCUGAAAACAUGCUUGGUCCUCACCUUUGGCUAUGUCCUGCUUCACGACCCGUUUAGCUGGAGAAACAUACUUGGGAUCCUAAUCGCGGUAAUCGGGAUGGUUCUGUACUCGUACUUCUGCACUAGAGAGACUCAGCAAAAACCAGCAGAAGCCUCCCCGCAAGCCGUUCAGGCAAAGGAGGGUGAAUCGAACCCGCUGAUCUCGGACUCCCUGAGCGCUGCCGAAAAUGGAGGCAGUGCCACCGACGAUGAACCUCUGAAGGUACCAAUGUGGAGCUCGAAGUACUCGAAGGCGUGAAGUGGCUGUUCUGGUAUUAGUGCACACGGUGCUAUACAGAAUUCAGCGUGGUAGGCAGAUACUAGGGUUGGAAGGCAACCCUGUUCCUGUUCCAUUUUUGGCCUUCUAUUUUUUCUUCUUCCUGGCACAAAUACUAUAAAUAUGUGCUGUCAGUAAAUGGAUCUCACUCUUGAGAGGAAUACCUCAGCUCGAGACCGAGUGUUCUGUUCUGCCUGAAAGCUAGUAUUUGUUUGUGCUCCACUCCACGUGUAAAGUGGUAGAUGGACAUGAUCUCAACAGUAGUAGUUUGCAUUCUUUUGUACUAGUGAUAUACAAUAUUUAUGU